AUGGGGAAGAAGCAAGGAGGAGGCCGGCGCAUGCGUCAUGAAGAAAAUGAUGAUGAUGAAGCUGCGUCUAUAGCGUCGGUGGAGACGCGCGGGACCUUCAUGUCGGACGACAGAGAGUUCUACGACGGAUACUCAAAGAAUUUGGACGACGACCAGAAAGUUGAUGAGGCCAUUGAAGAGCUGACCGAGAAGAGAACGACCACACGGGUUGCUGCCAUGGAAAAUCUGACUACCUACCUACUGCAAUACUUGGCACCGGAAGACGUCAACGAAAGCUUCUUCGACAAUGUGCUUGGAUGCUUGCGCAAGCCGUCUGAAGACGAAGCAGUGUUAGGAUCUCGUAUUCUGGCGAUCCUGGCAAUCAUUUUUGGAGAUGAUGAGGAGCGCUUUUACCAGCGAUCGAAAGCCGUGCUAAAUCCAUUGAUCAAGACAGCCAAAACCGCAAAGGUUAAGGUGGCGACGAUCCGUGCGCUCGCAUUGAUCUGUUUUCUGAGCAGUGUUGAGGAAGAGAACACUUUAGAGCUUUUGGGGCUACUCGAGACGUUUUUCAAUCCGAAAAUUAUUGGCGAUAUUUGCAAAGCAGCGCUGGAUUCGUGGGGGCUUGUUGCUUCGUCCCUCUCAGACGAUAUCCUCGCUAGCGAUGAAUUGCUGGAAAGACUGGUGCCGAAGUUUCUGGUCUUGCUCGAGCACAAGGACGUCGACGUGCGUUCUGCCGCCGGUGAGAAUGUUGCUUUCCUGUACGAAUGCGCGCAGUGUUGCGGUGUUUCUCUGCCAUAUGGAGAAGAGAUCGUGGGACGUUUCCUUGAAAUGAGCAAGAACAACAGCAAGAAAAACAGCAAGAAGGAUUGCAAGACACAGCGUUUUGUCUUUCGAGACAUUCACUCGACACUUGCUACCGGUGAAACUCCACACGUCUCUUUUACGGUGAAAGGUGAGGUGCUAGAGAUCAGCACUUGGCGAUCUGUGAAGCAAUUUGAAGCGGUGAAGGAUUGUUUGCAGACUGGCCUUCAGGAGCACAUCAAGUACAAUAAUGCGCUUCGUGCGAUGCUGGACUUGCCUGAGACUUUGGAAGACCGCAAUGUGGACAGGAGCGAUAUCUUUGACAAAAAGUCUGCUUCGAGGAAGCAACGCAGCAAUGAACUCAAGGGGGACCGUAAACGGAAGCAGCAUAUGCAGGAUGCCUUUUACGACGAUGAUUUUCACUAG